AUGUUCUCCCGGAAUUUGCUCGUUCGUAUACCGCAUUUGAUGACAGAGAAUACACGACUGUACAACAGUACUCGAGAAUCUUUGAAGAUCAACAAAGACACGAAGGUAAUCGUUCAGGGUCUCACUGGGAAACAGGGUUCUUUUCAUGGAAAGCAAAUGCUCGAUUAUGGUACGAAGGUUGUAGGAGGUGUUAACCACAAAAAAGCUGGCGGCACACACAUGGGUCUGCCGAUUUUCCGUGAUGUUAAAGAAGCAAGUGGCACUGCACGUGAGAAGACCGGAGCCGAUGCGUCCGUCAUCUACGUGCCUGCUCCAUUUGCUGCUAGUGCCAUCAACGAGGCGAUUGAUGCAGAAAUUCCACUUGUCGUAUGUAUUACCGAAGGAAUCCCACAACAAGAUAUGGUCCGCGUCAAGAACCGCCUUCUCAAACAGAACAAAACUCGUCUUGUGGGCCCAAAUUGCCCUGGUAUCAUUGCAGCAGAGGAGUGUAAAAUAGGCAUCAUGCCGGGUCAAAUUCAUAAAAAGGGAAUCAUCGGCGUUGUAUCACGAUCAGGAACUCUCACUUAUGAAGCUGUGCAUCAAACCACGACCGUUGGCCUCGGCCAAACGCUCUGCGUCGGAAUCGGUGGUGACCCUUUUAAUGGAAGCAAUUUUAUUGACUGUCUUAGCGUUUUUCUCGAGGAUCGUCAGACGAAAGGAAUCAUUCUUAUUGGUGAAAUUGGUGGAUCAGCUGAAGAGGAAGCUGCCAAAUUUUUAAUGGAGAAUAAUAGAGGAGAACACAUGAAACCCGUCGCAUCAUUUAUAGCCGGUGUAACAGCUCCACCAGGAAGACGAAUGGGUCAUGCUGGUGCUAUAAUUAGCCAUGGAAGAGGCACUGCAACCCAUAAGAUUGAAGCGCUCAGAGAAGCAGGUGUACUUGUAACAGAUUCACCAUCAGCACUAGGAACUACCAUUGCCAAAGCACUGCUGGAUAAAGUUGCUCACAUGGAGGAAUAG